AUGUCCGAACAUGGUUUUGCGAAUAUGUCGAAUCGCAAGUCCAAGCUUAGUAUCUUAGUCAUCGGGUCCUAUGUCUUCGACUGGCUGAUACUUGUCGCCGUCGGCGUCGUUGGUGUCGUGCUGGGUAAUGUCACCCCUAACAAGAGACCUUUUAGCUUACAAGAUCCUAAUAUAUCUUUCCCUUUCACCGUCCACGAGACCGUAUCGUCUGCCAUCCUUUUGACCUGCAAUGCCGCUAUCCCGGUCGCCGUUAUUCUAAUAGUUGUUAUGAUAUUUGUACCUGGACCUACCGUACCUAAAGACACACCGAAAUCGUUGAUUUGGAAACGGAAGCUUUGGGAAUUACAUACGGGAUGGCUAGGCUUGGCUCUUUCAUUAAUAUCGGCUUGGAUCAUUACUCAAGGAAUGAAGAAUCUCUUCGGAAAGCCGCGACCAGAUCUCCUAUCCAGAUGCCAACCCGAUCUUGCCAAUUUCCAGAAAUACAUUGUCGGCUUUAACACGCCCUCCGACGACGGUUCUCUUGACGGUCCCUAUAAUGGCCAGCUGGUUAGCGGAAAUAUUUGCAAGAACCCGAAUAGUUCUUUACUCGACGAUGGAUUCCGUAGCUAUCCCUCGGGACACGCCAGUUCGGCGGCCGCAGGGCUGAUUUAUCUUUCGUUCUUCCUAGCAAGCAAGUUCGCUAUCACGCUCCCGUUCGUUCCAGAGGGAACACCCUCAAGCGACACCGGUCUUGUCACCGCUUUCCCAUCUCGUUUACGCGGCGGCGGAGUCGAUACGUCUUAUGAAGCUGUUCGACAAGCUGCACAACACGGCGAAGGGAUCGACAGAUCCAUGUCAGAAACAAAACAGAUUGGGGCUCAUAACUCAGCCGUCCUAUCCAUCCGACGACAAGCUGCCGCGCCUCCGGUGUACCUACUGCUGAUAACGGUUCUUCCCUUUUUCACCGCCAUCUUCAUCGCCAGUUCGCGUUGGUUUGACUUCCGACACCACGGAUUCGAUAUUCUCUUCGGGUUCAUGAUCGGCACGAUUACGGCUUGGUUCGCGUUCCGCUACUACCAUCUCCCAAUCAGGUCAGGCGCAGGGUGGGCCUGGGGUCCGCGCAGCCAUGACAAGGCAUUUUGGGCAGGCUUGGGCUCGUGGAGUUACGCGACGGAUAGAAAGCACUGGAUUCGACCCGGGGACGAGGUAGAAGGAAUGACGGGCCACCGCGCAGAUGAUAUCGAGUUGGGAGUGCGGUAUAGAUCGAAAGCAGAUGCCCAAUCGCAUGCGGAAAGCUCCGAGACUGCUGCUAUGGAAGGGGGGCGAAUUUGA